GGCGUCAGUUUCCCAAAGCCUCUCGGUCUCACAUGCCCCAAACGCGGUGCUGAGCACGGUUUCGAACUCUUCAGCGACCUGCCCCACAUGGACAUGGAGCAGUCUGAGGAGGAAAGUUCCUUCGGGAUCGCAUCCUUGCUGCUGUCUUCCUGCUCCCCAUCCCCCUUAUCCCCAGCUUGAACUGCCCAGGGCAACUUGUUGGCCUGGCACAGAGUUGAGGCCCGACAGGUUUGAGUGCGAGGCUCCGCCAGUGUCCAGCCAAGUUGCCUUGAUCGUUUUCCCAAUGCCCCCGAGCCUGUUUCCUGCCUGUAGAGCGGGUCAGAUGUUGCCAACCUCUGCAGAGUAGCAAUAAGCAGUAAACGCCACGCUCUGCAUAGCCUCCCAGUGCUGGGCCUGGUCGCCACGCGGAGCCUUGGGCCUGGGACAGGCCAGACGUUGGUAACACAUCGCCAACCAGGGCAGGCGCCAUGAGUAGACGUGAAGGACCCCAGGGCCAACCCAGGUUCUGACCGUGGGUGUGCGUCGGGGAGGGGGUGGGGAGGAGUGGGUAGGAGUCAGGAAAGUGGGUCGGCCAAGACCUGGAGCUGCUGCAUAACAAUAUCUGGCAUUUACACAACGAGGCCUCUGCUCCGGACACUGUUCUGAGGCUUGACCCGUCCUUAAGAACCUAGGACAACCCUGUGCGGUGGGUUUUAUCCUUAACUCCAUUAUACAGGCCAGAGAACUGAGCCAGGGUGGAGAUGUUCCACUGAGAAGAAGCCACAUGGCUCUCCGCCGGCCCUCAAGCCAAAAACAGUUCCGAAAAUCUGGGCGGGGGGCGGGCCAGAGAGCGCUGGGGCUCUGCCCCCAGCACCCCCUCCACGCAGACGACUCGGUAACUGGGCUGCAGGCCCGCGGCUGCGGAGUGCGCAGGCGCGCCUAGAUGGCCGCGUUCCUGGCCGCCUAGAGCCGGAACGGCCAGCGGAGCUGCGGAGGCAGCCAUGGUCGGGGCGCUGUGCGGCUGCUGGUUCCGCCUGGGCGGGGCCCGCCCGCUCAUCCCGUUCGGCCCGACUGUGGUACAGACCUCCAUGAGCCGGUCCCAGGUAGCCCUGCUGGGCCUGAGUCUGCUGCUCAUGCUCCUACUGUAUGUGGGGCUGCCAGGCCCCCCCGAGCAGACUUCCUGGCUCUGGGGAGACCCCAAUGUCACAGUCCUGGCUGGUCUCACCCCUGGCAACUCGCCCAUCUUUUACCGCGAGGUGCUCCCACUCAACCAGGCACACAGGGUGGAGGUGGUGCUGCUUCAUGGAAAGGCCUUUAACUCUCACACGUGGGAGCAGCUGGGCACACUGCAGCUACUGUCACAGAGGGGCUACCGGGCCGUGGCCCUUGACCUUCCAGGUUUUGGGAACUCGGCACCUUCAAAGGAGGCAAGCACAGAGGCAGGGCGGGCAGCGCUGCUGGAGCGGGCGCUGCGGGACCUGGAGGUACAGAAUGCCGUGUUGGUGAGCCCCUCGCUGAGUGGCCACUAUGCCCUGCCCUUCCUGAUGCGAGGCCACCACCAGCUACAUGGAUUCGUGCCCAUCGCACCCACCUCCACCCAGAACUACACCCAGGAGCAAUUCUGGGCUGUGAAGACUCCAACCCUUAUCCUGUAUGGAGAGCUGGACCACAUCCUGGCUCGAGAGUCACUGCAGCAGCUCCGCCACCUGCCGAACCACUCUGUGGUGAAGCUACGCAAUGCAGGCCAUGCCUGCUACCUCCACAAGCCGCAAGACUUCCACCUUGUCCUGCUUGCCUUCCUUGACCAUCUACCUUGAACUAACCCACUCCCAGCUCCCAGCCUGGCGUGAGCUUGGACAGUCUGGACUGCCACCCUCCUCCAACCAGGGAGACAGCCUCUGGGAUUGGAGGCCAGAGGCCAGGGUCAGACCCAGCCAGGACUCCUCAUUUCAUCUCACAGACACAAUAAAAAAGCAUAUUUGUCCUGCCUGGGAA